AUGGAGGACAGUGGGGUUGUUCGGUUGGCGAGUACAGAGGGGGCGCAAAAGUUCUGGAUGGAGAUGGAGGACGCGGUAUUAUUCGGGGAGGGUUCACCUCUGGUUCGGCCGGCGCAGAUGGAGCACAGUACGGAGUCCCCGUUCAGCAACGUUUUGCUCCGGUUUGCCAUUAACCCCGAGUUCGAAUCGAGCUUAUGUCGAGACCUGCGCUGGAUCGCGGCCAACUCCGUCUGGAUGACUUUGGACCCCACAACACCAGCCCCAGUCGACACGUCAGGCGCAGUGGCGACGUCAGGCGCAGUUGCAGUAGUCACCUCCGCCAAUCCGACGUCACUGCCGCGUGAGAUACAGGAUUUUGUCCGUGCCAUGGUCGAGUUGAGUGCGAACGAGGUCGGUCGACAACCGGGUGAAAUUCCCGACCUUGCGAUUCACGCCGCUGAAGAAAUGCUUGACCGCUGGCCUGAACAUCUUACAGCACCUUUCUUGGUAAGCUACGAGGAAGAAAUCAUGCGUGACGAAUACAGGCGGCAGACAGCCCGCAAGUACAACUGGAGACUUACAGAACGCUCUCGCUAG